CAAAUCACACAAAGAACGUUCCAGAGACACUCAUUUCACCAAGCCUCGAAUAUAUAUCACCAUCUCUCUACCAUUCUUUUCAGUUUUCAAUUUUUCUUCUUCACUCACAACCGGUUUUCUUCAUUCAAUUCAUCCUUUCGUUUUUCUUCAAAACUUACCUCGUGUUUUGCAACGAUGCCGACUCGAUCGACGGGGACCAUAACGCAAGACUGGGAGCCUGUGGUUCUGCACAAGUCCAGGCCCAAGGCCCAGGACCUUCGUAAUCCCAAGGCCGUGAACCAGGCCCUGAGGUCGGGCGCCGAGGUGCAGACCAUCAAGAAGUUUGACGGGGGGUCUAACAGGAAGCCCGGGCCUGGGAUCAAUGCGAGGAAGCUGGAGGAAGGGACGGAGCCCGCGGCGCUGGAGCGGGUGGCGGUGGAGGUGAGGCAAGCCAUACAGAAGGCCCGUCUGGAUAAGAAGAUGAGCCAGGCAGAGCUGGCGAAGCAGAUCAACGAGAGGCCGCAGGUGGUGCAGGAGUACGAGAACGGCAAAGCCCAGCCCAACCAGGCUGUGCUCGCUAAGAUGGAGAGAGUUCUUGGUGUCAAGCUCAGGGGCAAAAUCGGAAAAUGAAAGAAGAUUUUCCUUUAAUAAGAGUGCUUUGUGUUGUGGUGUUGUGUUGUGUUCUGUUCUGUUCUGGAUCAGGGUCUGUUGUUUAAUAUCUGAUAUGAUGGAAGGGAACGUUAAAGUGUGUGAUUUUAGGGAGAGUGUUAACAAAAGUUUGAUAGUGUAAUGAGAUCUCGCUGUAGAUUAAUGUUAUUAUGACUUAUUCGAUUUUAAAAUUUGGAGAUUA